AUGUCCUCCCCACCAUCCCCACCCCUCUUCUUCUGGCGCGAACACGAACACUCCCACGGCUUCCUCUCGCAAUGGUACGAAUCCGCCUUCCUCGUCGACGGAGUCACCUACCAAACCGCCGAGAUGUGGAUGAUGAUUCAGAAGGCGCGUUUGUUUGGGGAUGAGGAGACGGCCCAGAAAAUGAUGCAGACAACUGUGCCGGCGGAACAUCAGGCGUUGGGACGGAAGGCGAGGGGGUUUGAGAGGGGGUUUUGGGAUGAGCAUAAAAGCCGAAUUGUCGAAGAAGGGAACUAUCACAAGUUUACCAAGUCGAAAGAGGAUAAGGGUAUGUUGAGGAAGUUGCUGGAUACGGGGGAUAGGGAGUUGGUUGAGGCCUCUCCAAAAGACCGGAUCUGGGGCGUUGGAUUCGGUGCAGAGAACGCCGAAGCGAAUCGAAAGGACUGGGGAGAGAACCGUCUGGGCAAAGCGAUCAUGAACGUGCGGCAGCGGUUGAGGGACGAAGGGCGUGAGUAG